GCCUCCGCGCUGCUCCGCAGUGCUGCCGGGGAGCCGCGCUGCGCCGAGCCGGGACGGGCCAGGUCCCCUCGGCGAUGACCGACGCGGUGGUGGGUGGCAGUGCUGACCGCUGGAUGUGCCCCGGUGACAGAACCAUGUCCCUCAGAGCCAGCAGCGAGAAGGAGCAAUGGGCAGCUCGGGGCGGGCAGCCCGAGAGGCAGCGCAAGGGAGAGGAGCUGACGGAUGAGGAGAAGGAGAUCAUCAACCGCGUCAUCGCCCGUGCUGAGAAGAUGGAGGAGAUGGAGCAGGAGCGCAUCGGGCGCCUGAUGACCCGGUUGGAGGACAUGCGCCGCAGUGUGCUGGGAGAUGGCGUGAACCGCUGCAUCCUCUGCGGGGAGCAGCUGGGGCCACGUGGCUCUGCCUGUGUUGUCUGCGAGGACUGCAAGAAGAACGUCUGUACCAAGUGUGGCGUUGAGACAACCAACAGCCGUCCCCACCCCAUCUGGCUGUGCAAGAUCUGCAGUGAGCAGCGGGAGGUGUGGAAGCGGUCUGGCGCUUGGUUUUUCAAGGGAUUGCCCAAGCAGAUGCUGCAGCCGAUGCCUGUCAGCAAGAGCAAGGUGCCUCCGGCCCCAAGUGAGCCCAGCCCAGCUGAGCCACCAGCCCCGGACCCAAAACUGCCAUCCCGCACACCUGGUCGGGGCCAGGCAGACGAACAGGACCACUGUGGCAGUGAGGUGACGAUGGCCACCCGGGUCCGCAAGCCGGCUGAGGGCAGGAUGGGGCCAUGUGGCAGCGAGGACACGGAGAGCCGUGACCCCACCGUCGAGAGUGGGGUCAGCAGGAGCCCUGGUGUGAAGAGAGCCAACUCCAUGCAAACCAACUCCACACCACCCCCACGGCCACCCGCUGCCACUGUCGGGCCAGCAGCACCUGCAGUGGCAAGACCAGGUCCUGGGGCAGCUGGCCGCAUGCUGGAAACACAAGCAAGCCCACCGCCGGGACCCCCGGAACCAGCCCGUGCAGCCCCCAAGGAGGAGCGGGCCGGGGGCUACUCUGCACCCCCAGCUCGGGAUGAGAGGCCAGCCCGGCCCCCUGGAGCCCCACAGCCCUCAGCCCCAUUGCGACAGCCUCCCCCAGAGGAGGAGGAAGAGGACGCCAACAGCUAUGACUCUGAUGAAGGCACCACGCUGGGAGCGCUGGAGUUCAGCCUGCUGUACGACCAGGAGAACAGCGCCCUGCACUGCACGCUCAUCCGUGCCAAGGGCUUGAAACCGAUGGACUCGAACGGCCUGGCAGAUCCUUAUGUAAAGCUGCACCUCUUGCCUGGGGCCAGCAAGUCAAAUAAGCUGAGAACAAAGACCCUACGCAACACCCGCAACCCGGUGUGGAAUGAGACCCUGGUGUAUCACGGCAUCACGGAUGAGGACAUGACACGGAAAACACUCAGGAUCUCCGUGUGCGAUGAAGACAAAUUUGGCCACAAUGAGUUUAUUGGAGAAACUAGAGUUUCCUUGAAAAAACUCAAGGCCAAUCAGAAAAAGAACUUCAACAUCUGCUUGGAGAGAGUAAUACCAAUGAAGCGUGCUGGAACGACAGGCUCGUCUCGCGGGAUGGCUCUGUAUGAGGAGGAGGUGGAUCGCGGUGGGGACGUGGAGGAGCGUGGCAAGAUCCUGGUGUCCCUCAUGUACAGCACCCAGCAGGGAGGCCUGAUUGUGGGCAUCGUGCGCUGCGUGCACCUGGCAGCCAUGGACGCCAAUGGGUACUCAGACCCCUUCGUUAAACUUUGGCUGAAACCUGACAUGGGAAAAAAGGCCAAGCAUAAGACCCAGAUUAAAAAGAAAACAUUGAAUCCUGAGUUUAAUGAGGAGUUUUUCUAUGAUAUCAAACACAGCGACCUGGCCAAGAAGUCCCUAGACAUUUCUGUCUGGGAUUACGAUAUCGGCAAAUCUAACGAUUACAUCGGCGGCUGUCAGCUCGGCAUUACGGCAAAGGGGGAGCGCUUGAAACACUGGUACGAGUGUCUGAAGAACAAAGACAAGAAGAUUGAGCGCUGGCACACCCUCCAGAAUGAGAACCACGUUGCCAGUGAUUAAAGGCAGCCACAGCUCAGUCCUGCACCCCUCCUAUAGGUCUGUCUGUCUUCCAGUGCAGCCAUGCCUUGCUACGCGCCCUGGGCAGCACCGCUGCUCUGCCUCCUCCAAGCAUCCCCUGUGCCCCAAUCUCACCUCUGUGUGAAAACGAACCCAGAUCUUUUAUAUUCACUUCCUUUUCUUUUGGGUCAUCAAAUUAUCCCGGUGUGCAGUUUUGUCAAGCAAUACUUACUGUGUCCCAUCCCUUUGCCUCUUUCUCAGUAGUCUCACGCGUGCUGCCGUAGUGUUGGUGUGUGUGACAGCACGUGUCCCAUUGCCCCAGCUCACUGCUCCAUCCCAGUGCGGGAUGUGUGGCCCCUGAAUGUGCAGUUGGAGCACGGAUGUGGCAACAAGUGGAUAGUUCUGCUUGCUGGGUGCUGAUACCGAAAAAUUUAGCUUGAUGUGGGUUGUAACCAUCAUUCGGUAUCCAGAGCAUGUGUCACAGAUGUCACCCUGUGAGCACGGCUUGAGCUUUUGAUCCGCUCCACGUGGGCAACAUCGCAGUGCAUCUUUCUGAAUUUCUGCUGGGAGGAUCCACCAGUUGUACAACACUGGUAGAGACAUGCAGGGAUCCAUGCUGUGCUUGCAGGGAAGCAUAGGCUGGGGCUGGUUAGGGUAAGCUGAAGGCAGCAUGGGGCUUUGCUGCUGUCCUGCUGUCCAAUGCAGUUGGGCUGCCCCAACAUCGGCUGCACCGUGCAGGAGGGAAGCCAAGGGAGAAGAAAUUUCCCACCAACUAGCUGUUAUGUUCAUAGAUUGUUGCUUUAAAAUACCACAAACACUGACAGUAGCUGCAACAGGUAGAGGUCUUCCAACUUUUUGGUUUCUGGAAGCAUAUAUUUUUUGGUUAUAGUUUUUGCAAGUCUGCACAAGAUCUGUUGUCUUCAAGAUCUGUUGUCUUCAAGAUCUGUUGUCUUCAAGAUCUGUUGUCUUCAAGAUCUGUUGUCUUCAAGAUCUGUUGUCUUCAAGAUCUGUUGUCUUCAAGAUCUGUUGUCUAAAGCUGUGCUUUAACGAUUGUCUGGAGGUGUUUUCUUUGCUGUCUCUAGCAGAGAGCCGCAGUGCUCUCAGACUGAUGCCCUUCAUUUCUGUUCCCAUCCUGCUUCCCCUGCUGUCUCCGGACAACCUCAAGCAUAGCAACAUCGUUGAGCAGUGCUGGGCUGUCCUUCUCAACCACAACCCGCGCAUGCUGUGCAAAACCCGGCUUCAGCCCCUCUGGCUGUGCUGCUACCCCAUGCAACUCGCUGCUGUGUCCCGCUGUGCUCUAAUCCAGCUGUACCGCAGAGCUUCCUUGUCACUGAGAUGAAUUAUUUUCCUAUUCUUGAAAUAUAUAUAUAUAUUUAAAAUAUUUUUAUUUCCGUAACCCCCUAGGAAUGGGGGAAUGCUGGGGAAACGUCUGAAGUUACCUUUAAAAAAGAACAAAUGAAAUAAAAUCUAAGCAAUUCCUUUAUUCCAGCCAUGCAGCAGCCCACCCUCCUUUGUGUGUGCAGAGCUAUUAAAUUAAGGUUGCUUCCUCCUGUGUCCUGUAUCAAUGUGCCCUCUCCCUUCAGACAACCGAUGCUCAACUCGUCUCUUGGCACCCAUGAAAAUAAAUAAAGUGCAACUUGCUGGUCCCACUCUGGGUAUUGUGCAAACCACAGUCCUUGUCUCUAUUUGCCACCCUCCUCUGAGUUUUUCUGAUGGUAAUUUCUGCCCUGAAUGACUUUCUUUUCGUUGUAAAUAAAGCAUGCACGUAUGGAUGGGGAAUGGUACAACAACAACAACAAAAAAGAAGAAAAUGAAACAAAAAGCCUCUUCUACUGCUGUUUGCAUUCCAACUUGCAUGCAGUGAUUUUACAGCAAAAUAUCAGUUUACAAAUAUUAACAGAAAGAGAAAAUGUUACACAGGAACUAGAAAUAUUCCAGUCUUCCGCUGCAUGCAGCACAACAUCCUCUCUUGGUGUGGUAUCUAAUAAAGUGAGACUAUUGGAAAAGAAAAAAAAAAUAAAUAAAGGAUGG